AUGAGCAGAAUCAUUGAGGACGCCGAGAUCGCGAAAAGCCAUGAGCCUGGCGCGCCGACUCCGCUGGGCGAGAAGGAGCUGGAGCUGAGGGAGGCUCCGCUCGACACCGAGUCCACCACGACCGACGAGUCGAAGCCCACCGAGGAGGACCUCCGCACGCUUCUCCGCGUUUCAGGCAAGAUCCCGUGGACUACCUACACGAUCGCUUUCGUCGAGCUGUGCGAGCGUUUCUCGUACUACGGUACCACCAUCGUCUACGUCAACUACAUCCAGCAGCCCCUUCCGCCGGGCUCGAACACGGGUGCCGGCUUCGAUGGCCAGUCUGGUGCCUUGAACCGCGGCCAGCAGGCUUCCACCGGUCUGACAACCUUCAACAGCUUCUGGUCCUACACUUGCCCUCUGAUUGGUGCCUACGUCGCCGAUGAGUACCUCGGUCGUUUCAAAACCAUCCAGUGGUCCAUCCUCAUCUCGCUCAUUGGUCACAUGUUCCUCAUCAUUUCCGCCUCGCCUGCCGUCAUCACCAAGCCCGACACUGCCAUGGGUGUUUUCGCCGUUGGUCUGGUCAUCAUGGGCUGCGGUACCGGCGGUUUCAAGUCCAACAUCUCGCCACUGAUUGCCGAGCAAAUCACGGAUAUCAAGCCCAAGGUCAUCAGGGACGAGAAGACAGGACAACGCGUGCUGUCCGACCCAGCCAUCACUGUUGCCCGCGUCUUCCUGUACUUCUACAUGAUGAUCAACAUUGGCUCUCUCGUCGGCCAAGUCUGCAUGGUGUUCGCCGAGAAGUAUGUGGGAUUCUGGCUGUCAUUCACCCUCCCCACAAUCAUGUUCCUGUUCUGCCCGAUGGUCCUGUUCUGGUGCAAGAACAAGUAUAGGACUACGCCGCCCACUGGUUCCGUCGUUGCCAAGGCCUUCAGACUCAUAGGCUUGGGUGCCAAGGGCCGCUUUUCUCUGAACCCUGUCCGCACCGUUGCAAACUUCAAGAACGGCGACUUCUGGGAGAGUGUUAAGCCCAGCCAUCUCGGAGAUGCCAAGCCCGCAUGGAUGACCUUCGACGAUGCGUGGGUUGACGAGGUCCGCCGUGGCUUCAAGGCCUGCAAGGUCUUCACCUUCUACCCUCUGUACUGGCUGGCGUACAACCAGAUGACGAACAACCUGACCUCGCAAGCUGCCACCAUGCAGCUGAACGGUGCGCCCAACGACAUCAUCAACAAUCUGAACCCGUUGUCCCUGAUCAUCUUCAUUCCUCUUGUCGACAACUUUCUGUACCCGGCUCUGCGCAAGGUCGGCAUCAACUUCACGCCGCUCAAGCGUGUCGCGGUCGGCUUCCUCAUGGCCGUGCUCGCCAUGCUCGCGGCCACCGCCACGCAGCACUACAUCUACAAGCUGGGCGAGUGCGGCAACCAGAUGAACUCGUGCAAGAACGAAGAUGGCGAACAGAUCCAGGCGCCGAUCAACGUGUGGGUGCAGACACUGCCGUACGUGCUCAUUGGUUUCUCGGAAAUCUUCGCGUCCAUCACGGGCUUGGAGUACGCCUUUACCAAGGCGCCACACAACAUGCGCUCGCUCGUCACGGCCGUCUUCCUCUUCACGUCGGCACUCGGCUCCGCGCUCAACCAGGCUCUCGUCCCGCUGGCUGAGGACCCACUGCUCGUCUGGAACUAUGCCGUCUCAGCCAUUCUGGCGGCACUCGGCGGCAUUUUCUUCUGGAUCUGCUUCCACAAGCUCGACAAGGAGGAGGACAAGCUCAACAUGCUGCCUGACAGCGUGUUCACGGGCAAUGACAGGCGCCACUCCAUUAUCGAGGCGGAGAAGGGCGAAGCCAAGCAUUAG